AUGGAACGUCCUAUAGCACCAAUGCAUGUCGACGGAGGUCUAGUAGCCUCACGAAAUCCAAAUAAUAUGCAUGCAAUCGUCAUCAUUAUCGCCUCGACAACUCUCGUCUUCACAGGAUGUGGAAUAAAUUUCGCAUUUGGUGUCUUCCAAGAGCUCUACGACUCAAUGUCAAAGGAACCAAACAGCCCCUUCACCGGCGCAACACCAGCGCAAAUUGACCUAAUCGGCACACUCUCAAUCGCACUGAUGACCAUCGGUGCUCCAUUUGCAACAGCAUGGACAAAACAAUAUUCCCCUCGAUAUGUCAUUUGGGCUAGUGGGAUUAUUCACUCAAGCGCUCUGCUUUUCGCAAGCUUCAGCCAACAUCUAUGGCAAUUUAUCCUCACCCAGGGCGUUCUUCUGGGCAUCGCCACAUGUUUAACGUAUAUGCCAUCUGUCACGGUGGCACCGACCUGGUUCUCCCAGCACCGCGGACUAGCAAUGGGAAUAAUUCUCGCAGGGACCGGAAUCGGCGGCGUCGCGUGGCCACUGGCUUUUCGAUACCUCAUCGAGUCUGUCGGAUUCCGCAACACGCUCCGCGUCACGGCGGGGAUCUCCUUCGUAUUCAUCUGCGGAUCGGGGACAUUUAUACGCUGGCCUGCUAGUCAGAUCGCUCGUAUUCAAGCCGAGAAUGCCGCUUCUACCCGGUCCACAACGUUUUUCCGCCUUCCAUUGGUUGACUGGCGAGUCGUUCAGAGCCGCAAGUUCGUCGCUCAUGCUUUGGGUGCAGCGUUGCAAUCUGCUGCAUACUAUACACCAGUAUUCUUUUUCGCAUCUUUUGCCCGUACACUCGGUUACUCACAGGCAACAUCGGCGAAUUUUAUUGCCAUCUCAAAUGCUGCAAACGCCCUAGGCAAGGUUGUCAUUGGUCACGCAGCUGACCGGAUGGGAAGACUUAAUACCCUAGUAUUGACCACCCUCAUUUCAGCCGUUUCCGUCCUCGCAUUGUGGCUUCCCUCAUGUCUAUCCACCACACAAUCUACCGGUAGUACACUCUUCAUCACAUUCACGAUAUUCUAUGGCGUCUUUGCAUCAGCAUACGUCGCUCUUUUCCCGACAAGCCUGGUAGAGUUGUUCGGUGUGCAGAACUUCGUCAGUGUUAAUGGCUUACUCUAUAUGGUGCGCGGCUUUGCGACGUUAGUUGGAACCCCAGUUGCUGGUGCGCUGAUCCGCGGAAGCGGCGAGAAGAGUGUCGGUCCACGAAGCUAUGAGAAUACCAGCGUUAUGGUUGGUGUAUUAUUGGUAACGGCGACUUUGGCUGUGGUUUGGGCGCGACUUGAGGCUAUUCUCACCCUUGAUGCUGCAGUAGGGCGCAGAAUGAAGUGGUUGAUGUAA